UGGUGCUGGACAAUUCGUGAACACUGUACUAGGAAGUGUGCCCUGGAAUGGAAACUGUACUAAUGCGGGAUCCGUUGAGUGUUUCACUUUGAGAUCGACCCCUAAGAGAGGGAAGUUGGCAAUCCACUUUAUAAUAUGAUCAGUGCACUUUCUGUGUCGCUUUGUUUUUUUCCGCUGGAAAUUUGCUUGGUUGGUGGCCGUGCGCACAUGGCUUGUAGUACAACCGGUUAUGGCGGCGUUGUGUGUAUGUCCAUGAGGCAGGCUGCAAGAGCCAUUCUAGCGAAUUGACACUGAACAAGAAACCCGAUGCAAUGGCUGGGGUGUUUGACAUUGAUUUGGACCAGCCUGAGGAAAACGUCUCUGACGAUGAGCUGGAGGAUGCUCAGAUCAGUGAGUACAUGGACCAGUGUAGUGGUUUUGAAUUUGAUAUGGAUGGCUGUGAGAAGUUUGAGAUCUCAGAAGACAGCGUAAACAAGGGAACAGAAAAGCUUCGUCCCGAGUGCUUUGAGCUGCUGCGGGUUUUGGGUAAAGGGGGUUAUGGGAAGGUAUUCCAGGUUCGUAAGGUUGCUGGUGCUGCUUCAGGGAAGAUCUUUGCCAUGAAGGUCUUAAAGAAGGCCAUGAUCGUGCGGAACGCUAAGGACACAGCGCACACCAAGGCCGAGCGCAACAUCCUGGAGGAGGUGAAGCACCCAUUCAUCGUGGACCUCAUCUACGCCUUCCAGACCGGCGGCAAGCUGUACCUCAUCUUGGAGUACCUCAGCGGUGGAGAGCUAUUUAUGCAGUUGGAAAGGGAAGGGAUAUUCAUGGAGGACACAGCCUGCUUUUAUCUAGCAGAGAUCUCCAUGGCCCUGGGCCACCUGCAUCAGAACGGCAUCAUCUACAGAGACCUGAAACCUGAGAACAUCAUGCUCAACCACCAAGGUCACGUGAAGCUGACAGACUUUGGUCUGUGUAAAGAAUCUAUCCACGACGGCACUGUCACUCACACUUUCUGUGGUACCAUAGAGUACAUGGCCCCGGAAAUCCUGAUGAGGAGCGGACACAACCGGGCCGUGGACUGGUGGAGCCUGGGGGCCCUGAUGUACGACAUGCUGACGGGCGCUCCACCGUUCACUGGAGAGAACAGGAAGAAGACCAUUGAUAAAAUCUUAAAGUGCAAAUUGAACCUCCCACCCUACCUCACACAGGAAGCCAGGGACCUGCUAAAAAAGCUGCUUAAAAGAAACGCCUCAUCUCGGCUGGGGGCGGGGCCAGGAGACGCCUCUGAAGUGCAGACCCACCUCUUCUUCAGACACGUUAACUGGGUGGAUCUCCUCGCCCGGAAAGUAGAACCUCCAUUCAAACCCUUUCUGCAAUCCGCCGAAGACGUGAGCCAGUUUGACUCUAAAUUCACCAGCCAGACCCCCGUGGACAGUCCUGAUGACUCUACCCUCAGUGAAAGUGCUAAUCAAGUCUUCCUGGGCUUUACGUACGUAGCUCCGUCUGUGUUGGAAAAUGUUAAGGAGAAAUUCCAGUUUGAGCCAAAAAUUUGGUCACCUAGACGUUUUUUGGGAAGUCCAAGGACACCAAUCAGUCCAGGUAAAUUUGCGCGAGCGGAUUGCUGGCCACGCGGCCCUACGCUGGCCAGAGCCCCGCCCCUUCAGCCCCCCGCGGAGCAGGCCAUGGAGGUGACCCCCGCGGAGAUGACGGAUGUUACGGCCAGCUCGGAGGUCACCGCCCCCCUGCCCAUCAGGCAGCCCGGUGCCGGACCCUUUAAAACGCAGGCGUACCCCAUGAUGUCCAAACGGCCCAAGCACCUCCGGAUGAACCUAUGACCUUAAACUAAGCCACGCCUUUUCAUUUCCCUUUUGGGGUAAAACUAUUCACAUUUAAUGCCUCCCCUGCCAUUUCACCCCACCCCACCUGAUCUCACCCCAUCUCACCCCACCCCACCCCUCCUUAACUCACCACAUCACAGACUCCUCUGGCCCACACUGCCCCUUGUUCUCCAGUUCCAGAGCUCACUGCACUUCUCUGAGCCCCAGAACCUGGCUGCCCUGACCCUCUCUGAGCCCCAGAACCUCGCUGCUCUGACCCUCUCUGAGCCCCAGAACCUGGCUGCCCUGACCCUCGCUGCGGUCUUGAAUCUCAGCCAGGCUGCUCCAGACACCUCGCCUCAGACAGCAUUCAUGGGAGGACCUGCUCUGGAUUCCUUUACGUUUCCUUGUGUGAUAAAAAAAAUCAUUUAACACAAUUUGCUCAACCAUGCCGACUCUAAAACAUGGUGCUCUUUGUCAGGUGAUCAAAUCCUGUUAGGGAAUUGCUUCUGUGGAAUGCUUGAAAAUACGACAGUAUUACUCUGGAUGCAGAACUGUUCCUGUUGAAUGAAAUGACUAAUCACUUCUCAUUAAACUGCUAGCAGAGAAUAUCAGUUGGGACUCAUGGGUGACCUAACAAGUCUUAACCUGCUUGGAGUGUUUUGCUGGGGUAAUGCCACCCAGAUGCGCUAAGAUGAGUUCAUAUGUGGCAGACGAGUAAAAAACAAAACAUGGCCGUUUUAUAUACCCCUUUGCAGAGGUCAUGCAGAAUUUUGAAUAAUGUAAAAAAACCAGUGCUCUUCCCUGAAAUGAGAACCGUGUCUCUGGCUAGUAGCUAAUUGAUCUGAGUAAGUCUUUCAGUUGCAUGGUGCUGUUCCACACAGCUUGUUUUUCAACACUUGCUAUGCUAAAGACAGUUAAUCAGAUUUCUGUCGUCGUAUUUCAGAAUCAUAAAUAUGCACAAAGCAUGGAAUGCAGAAUGCUGUUUCUCGUUUCGCUGCCUGUGCUUCCUUUAGAACAUCAGACAGGUAACCUACACUUUCCAGCAAGCUGACCAUCUACAUAUGUCUUAUAUGUCUCCUCCAGACAAUUUUUAAAAACCUGUUUAUUCAGCCAUUAAUGAGUUGCUAUUUCAAUGAUUUGUUUUAAUAUAGAUUUUGCUGCUCAGCCACAGUGGAUCUGAAGGAUCCUGUUUGUGGUCUUUAGCAUGUUUAUUCAUGUCCUUUAGCAGGCUAACUCAUGCUUUAGCAUGUUUAUUCAUGUCCUUUAGCAGGCAAACUCAUGCUUUAGCAUGUUUAUUCAUGUCCUUUAGCAGGCUAACUUGUGCUUUAGCAUGUUUAUUCAUGUCCUUUAGCAGGCUAACUCAUGCUUUAGCAUGUUUAUUCAUGUCCUUUAGCAGGCUAACUCGUGCUUUAUUAGGUUUAAUUGUCACUAUUACAGUGUUUCUCUACUUGGCACUGACGAAUAAGGAGUGGCAUUUUAAUCAGUUAGUAAACGAGUUCCAGCACUGUGGACAGUACAGUACUGAAACUCAUGGGAGUUGCCGAUGAGUUCAAAUGAGAUCUUAGGAGCUUUUAUUUAAAAGUCUCAUUUGUGUAAUGAUCACAUAAUUAAUAGUAAUAAUCAUAAUUAUGAAGAGCUUCAACCAAAUCCUUAAACCUGCCAUAAAUACUUUAUUUGGAGUCCUUUCAUAUUAUCUGCUGCUACCAAAUGCUGUUUGUAUUUCUCAUAUUAACCUGUACAUUUAUGUUUUUCUGUGCUUGUCGAGCCAUUGAGCACCACCGGGACGCGGAUGUUUGUGGCUGUUUGCCAAAGAAUGGGGCCAUAGUGGAACUUAAUCGCAAAUUAAGAAAUGAAAGGACUGGAAUUUGCUUUCACAAUACUCAAAACACAUUCCAGCAUUACCAUUAAAAAUGAUAACAGAGGCUAAAAUGGUGGAUGAGUUUCUUAACACCCACUGUACUUUUGGAAAGUCUGUGCACAAACUUGGAAGCAUUCCUCUUUAGCAAGAUCUUAGUACUUAAAACAUGGAACACAAGUUGGUUUCCUGACCAGUAUGCUAAUUUUGUGAAUGGUCUGUUCUUUUUUCUUUUUUUAUGUACUUAGACUUUUGUGAGUGAUUUUGCUUCAUUUCCACAUCUCUUUUGUUUGCUGGUAUUAUUCAUUUGGCUGCUUUUUAAUUUAUUAAAUGGAAUCCUCAAAUUGAGACUAAAUUGCUUUGGAGUAAAUAAAAUUGAUAUGGAUAUUGUGUUAUGAGAAAUGUUUGCAAAUGAAAUGCUAUAAAAAAUGUUAGCAAAAUCUGUAUAGUGCUGAAAGAUACGAGUGUUUUACAAGUGAGUAAGUGUGGUCAGGGAAGAGCAGCGGAUGCGCGUUGCAUUUUGAGUGCUUACACUCUGGCAGUUGACAAUGACUGUGUGCUUUCCCAAAAUAUAGGGGACUAUUGAAUUAAACAAAGUUCAUUUAAAGUUUGCAUUUCACAAUGAACUUCACAUUGGAGAGGAUGGCCAAACAUGGCUUCAGCUGAAAUGACCCCUGAUUUUGAAACCGUGCUAUGGAUCCGCCAACAGUGGCAGUAUUUCUGUUUGGACUUGUGCUGGGCGACCUUGACUCUAUCACCAGAGCGCAUCGACAACAUCACAGCCCCUUUGCAGUGUGCCUAGACAGAAUUAGACUUAUUAGUUUGUUGUGGGAAUGAAGCAAAGAAAAGAGGACUUGGACCAUGAAUGCCCAAAUUAACAAGUGGCAUCCUCACAUUAAGACUCUGCUGCUGAGUUAAAUUUACCUGUGUGCAUUACAACAUUUCAGAGUUACUUCAAAUUUGUAAAUCUGAUCACUUCCAUUUUCAAGACCUUUAAAAAAAAAAAAAAAAAAAAAAAAAAAUAUAUAUAUAUAUUCAAUGCUAAUAUAAUUAUAUAUUCUUUAGGAAGUGCUUCCAGUGUCCCAGUCUGAACAGGCCCUAGGAGGGCGGCAGUGAUUUCACCCCACCACUUCACUCCAUCACCACUCUUUCCUGAUGGAAGCACGCUGUGGAUUUAACUUACCAGAACUACUCUCUAAUGCACAUUUGCUUCUGAAUUUGCUGUGGUUCCCGGUAAAAUAGUCUGAGAACCUGAGUGUAAUACACCAGUGACCUUAUAUAAUUACCACAGCCUUUAAACUGUACGUAAUACUUCGUAACUGAGUCACAUGGUUUUUAUUUUCUUUCAGCAAAGAUAAUGUUCCAAGUGCGCUCUCUGCUUUCUGCGUCCAGAACACUAUGCAAAUUAUUUGUCCGUAUUCGCACAGCUGAACAUUACUUGCUUAGCUAUAGCAGUAUUUCAUUUCCUUGAAAUUGAAGCAUUUGUAUGAUGUUCGAUUUUUUGUUCUUCAGGUAGAAAAUAUAUUCCAAAUAACUUCAGAGAAAUAACUUGAGAAAUUAGAGAAAAUAUCAACCGGUGUAUUAAAUUUUUUUUUCCAAAUUGUACAGUCUUUCACCUACAUACAUGACAUUACAUAGGCUAACAAAUGAAUCUCUUGCAAUUUUGGAUCCUUUAGACCUUUAUUUUUUGGAACAUGUAAAAUUGGAUUGUCUGAUUCUGUAAUGGAACAUUGUAUACAUGCUUGAUAAAAAUGAUACAAAAAUA